GUUUUCUAAAUUAUACACAAAAAUUAGAAUAAGUCAUCAUUGAUAUUUUCAUCACCACUUGGCACAUUCUAGUUAUAGCCGGCACCUAUAGCAACAGUUUUUUCAUUCACACUUUACCUUAAAAUAUAAUCAAUUCUUCACCAAACCCCUUCACCAUUUCACAUCACACUUUCUCUUCUCCUUCACUUCUUUUCCUCAUGCUACUUUUCUUCUAAACUCACCAACAAAAACAACCAAAAAAAUCUUCCUUAAACCAUCAUAAACUGUUGCUAAACAUCAAAAACAGCAACAAAUCAAACUGUUGCUAAACAUCAACAGCAACAGAAACAAACUGUUGGUAAAGAUCAAACACAAAAAAAAACAUGGAUAGACUCAUAAGGUUAGAUCCAUCAAACAUAGUACUAAUAAGAGUUGAACAAGGACAAAAAUGUCAAGGAAAAAUAACCUUAAACAAUGUCAUGUACACUAUGCCAGUUGCAUUUAGGAUUCAACCACUCAUCAAAACUAGAUACACUAUCAAACCUCAAUCAGGAAUCAUUUCACCAUUAGCUUCACUUGUGAUAGAGAUAACAUAUCAUCCUCCACAGCAACAAGGUUCAAGUAAUCUUCCUCACUCUUUUCCUUUUUCAGAUGAUUCAUUUCUUCUACACAGUGUUCUUGCUCCUGGUGCAGCCAUCAAAGAGCCUUCAUCCAUGUUUGAUUCUGUCCCAAGUGAUUGGUUCACUACUAAGAAAAAACAGGUUUUCAUUGAUAGUGCAAUCAAAGUCAUGUUUGUAGGGUCACAAAUUUUGACUCAACUUGUUGAAGAUGGUAACUCAAUGGAUGAUAUAAGAGAAGUGCUUGAAAAGAGUGAUCCUUUAUGGGAAUCUGUUAACUCUAAAGACUCAAAGGGACAAACUUUGCUUCAUUUGGCUAUUUCGAAAACAAGACCUGAUCUUGUUCAAUUGAUCCUUGAAUACAAGCCUGAUAUUGAAGCUACAAAUAGCGUUGGAUCGACUCCGCUUGAGGCCGCGUCUUCCUCGGGCGAAUCGUUGAUUGUCGAGCUUCUUUUAGCUCAUAAGGCCAACACAGAAGGAUCAGAAUCUUCGAUUUUUCGACCUAUUCAUCACGCGUCGAGAGAAGGACACAUGGAGAUUCUCAGGCUUCUUUUACUUAAAGGUGCAAAAGUUGAUUCAUUGACAAAAGAUGGUAACACUUCUUUACACUUAGCUGUUGAAGAAAAAAGAAGAGACUGUGCUAGGCUUUUGUUGGCUAACGGCGCGCGAACCGAUUUUCGGAGCACAAGAGAAGGUGAUACACCUUUGCACAUAGCAGCAGCCAAUGGAGAUGAGAACAUGGUGAAGCUUUUAUUGCAUAAAGGAGCUACAAAAUAUGUGAGAAACAAACUAGGGAAAACCGCGUUCGAUGUUGCGGCCGAAAACGGUCACUCGCGCCUCUUCGACGCGCUUCGUUUAGGGGACAGUUUAUGCGUGGCAGCGCGAAAAGGCGAGGUGAGGACAAUCCAAAAGGUUUUGGAAAGUGGUGGAGUGAUCAAUGGAAGAGAUCAAAAUGGAUGGACAUCACUUCAUAGGGCUUCAUUCAAAGGAAGAAUAGAUGCUGUUAGGUUUCUUGUGGAGAAAGGUAUUGAUUUGGAUGCAAAAGAUGAAGAUGGUUACACUGCUUUGCAUUGUGCUGCUGAAUCAGGACAUGCUGAUGUGACUGAGUUUUUGGUUAAGAAAGGUGCUGAUGUUGAAGCAAGGACUAAUAAAGGUGUUAGUGCUUUGCAAAUUGUGGAGUCAUUGAACUAUGUAGGGAUUACAAGAAUACUUGUUAAUGGAGGUGCUAGUAGAGAAGGUUUAGGUGAAAAAUUUCCAUCUACACCUUCUAAGAUACCUUUUGGGAGUAAAGUUGAAGGUGGAAGUGUGAUGACGAUGAAGAAGAAAAUGAGUAGUCGAACUCGAGCGCUACGAGGUAGCUUUGAUCGUUCGAUGCCUUUGGCUGUUCUCUAGUAAUAGAAUCAGGCAAAAGUUUUAAAUUGUAGUUGCAGUCGCAAUUAAGAUUAUAUUGUGAAAUUUGUUAUUAUAAAAAAUUGCAUGUUGUAAUUGUAGUUGUAUAAUGUAAUUUAAAACAUUGGAGUUGUGAGUGUGAUUUGGAACAUUUGAAUGAUGAGAUAAUUUUAUUUUGGGUUUUAGGUGUAAUUUGUUGAUGGAAUUGUAGAUUUGAAAAGUGAGAAAAAUGUUAAUUGUAAUUUUAGAAGCUUUGUAGUUUAAU